AUGGUCGCCGGGGUCACCGUCUUCGCCGAGGGCCUGGCGGGGAACGUGCAGAAGGGCUUCGGCAUGGGGUCGAAGAAGAUCACGCCCGUCGAGGAAGUGAACACUACCUUCAACGAUGUCAAGGGUUGUGACGAAGUGAAGGACGAGCUGCAGGAGAUCAUUCUCUACUUGAGAGAUCCGGACCGCUUCACCCGUCUCGGCGCCAAGCUCCCCAAAGGCGUGAUGAUGUCAGGUUCGCCAGGGACUGGCAAGACUCUCCUUGCAAGGGCCAUUGCCGGUGAGGCUGGCGUGCCCUUCCUGCAGGCCUCAGGGAGCGAAUUCGAGGAGAUGUUCGUGGGCGUGGGCGCGCGGCGCAUCAGAGACCUCUUCCAGGAGGCUCGGAAGCAUGCGCCCUGCAUCGUCUUCAUCGACGAGAUCGACGCCGUCGGGUCCAAGCGCUCCAACCGCGACAACACCGCGGUGAGGAUGACGCUGAAUCAGCUCCUGGUGGAAAUGGAUGGUUUCGAGAACAACACAGGCGUGGUGGUGAUUUGCGCGACCAACUUUCCAGAAUCCCUGGACAAGGCCCUCACGCGACCCGGGCGCUUGGACCGGCAGAUCGUCGUGCCCAUCCCCGACCUCAAGGGCCGAACGGAGAUCUUGGAGAUGUAUGCCGCCAAGCUGGUCCUGGACGAAAAGGUGGACCUGAAAACCCUCGCGCGCCGGACCGCGGGCAUGACAGGUGCCGACCUGGCGAACAUCCUCAACAUCGCCGCGGUGCGCUCGUCGGCGGAGAAUCUGCCGUGCAUCCCCACGAAGUAUUUGGAGGAGGCCUUUGACCGCGUGGUGGUCGGCUUAGAGCGGCGGAACCCCAUGAGUGAGCAAGAGAAGAAGCUCACCGCGUACCACGAAGGGGGGCACACCUUGGUCUCCAUCGGCAACUCCGGAGCAGAUCCGGUGCACAAGGCCACCAUCAUGCCACGGGGCAAUGCCUUGGGCGUCACGUGGAGUAUCCCCGAGAGGGAAAAGUACUCGGAACGGCUUUUCGAGCUGCAGGCGCGCUUGCGAGUGCUCAUGGGCGGCAAGGCGGCGGAGAACGUCACUGCGGGCUGUACGUCGGAUCUUCGCCAGGCGACAGGCCUUGCCAGACGCAUGGUCAUGAACUUUGGCAUGUCUGCGCAGCAGCCACAGCAGUCCGGGCUCCUUUCCUUGGAUGUGGACGAGUAUGCCGUGCUCUCCGACCAGGCAAAGCAUGAAAUCGAUGAGAAGACCCAGAGCCUUCUUACGGAUGCUUACGGCCAUGCAGCGCAGUACUUGAGGAGUCACGAGGCGCAGCUGCAUCGACUCGCUCAGGCGCUGAUUGAGUUUGAGACUCUUAGCGCUGAGGAGAUCAAGCUCGCCGUGGAGGGUUCCGCCUCCGAGAUCACCAAGCUCCGGCAGCUUGAGGAAGAGGCCACCAAGAAAGACAUGCAGAAUCUGGUCCCAAAGGAACCAGCGAAGCCGCGGCAGAAGAAGGCCGGCUCGAAAGUGGCGGAGAAUGCCGCCACAGGGCGUACAGCGGGCACGCCGGCAGAGGAGUGAAGAGGAUGGUCGGUGGGGCGACUUUUCGGGCAUCGGAUGCUGAAAGCAUCCCCUCCGGACACCUGGCCGUGGGUAUGCUGCGAAAGGA